GUUGCCGCACGUGCCGCUACAACUGGCCAGAGACGGCAGCCGCAGACAGCAAGCAAGAUGAACUCGCCAAGCAGGCACUCGCGAAGCUCGGCCUCGACCAGGCCAGCCUGCCGGCCCUGCAGGCAGGCGCCACGGCCGCCGAGGCUGGGGACGGGGCCGCGGCGGAGGCAGCCGCCCAGCUGGCCAAGCUCCCCGUGCUCACGCCUGCGCCGCCAGAGCCACCGCCGCCCGAGCCCAAGCUCGGGGUGCGCCUGGAGGCCGCGGCCCUGCGCCGGCGCCAGGCCCAGCAACACCAGGAGAAGGUGGCAGGGCAGCUCACGCGCAACGAGCAGAACCGCAAGGAGCUCAUCACGAAGCUGGACGAGGCCAUCGGAGAGACCCUCGCGGCCAGGCAGGUGCUGGACCUCCUGCAGCACGAGGUCCAGCAGGCCGGUGGAGGCAAAGGCGCGGUGGCCGACGACACCAGCACCACCGCGGCGCCCGACGCGAAGGUGGACUUCCCCGAGCUCGACGAGGAGGACCUCGAGCUGCUCGACGAGCCCGCCCAGGCCAAGGGUAUGCUCGAGGCUUGCAAGAAGGAGGGCUGCUCGGUCAAGGAGGUGUCGGCCACGCUCCGCGAGCUGCAGGCCAAGGUCCGGUGCCACAAGCGAAGGCGCGGAGAAGACGGCAAGGGCGCUGCUGCCCCGCCGCCACCGGAGGCUGAGGGCAGUCCCAAGGCGGCCGAGGCAGGAGGCGCGGGCAGCAGUGGCGGCAGCGGCCCCGUCGACUUCUCCGACCCCGACCAGAUGGCCAAGUACAUCGAGCAGACCGCCCAGAUCAAGGCCCGCCAGAAGGUCGCCGUCGCGAAAGGAGGCGACUCCGUCGCGCUCGGCAAGAGAGGGAAUCCUGUCUUCCUCAACGGGCAGGGCAGUAGCCACUACUGCGACGACAUGAACUCCACGCAGGUGCGCUUCGAGGGCGACGUGCACUGGGGCGUCUCGCCGAACCCUUCAGGGGGCCUCGAUGACAGGGCGGCUGGCAGCCCAGCGGGAGCCAGCGCGAGCACGGAGACCAAGGAGUGGAAGUGGCAGGUCUCCACCAUGGGCAGCUGGUGGCCGCUCAAGCACCGCGAGUGCCUGCAGGUCUUCUUCGGCAGCUGCAGCCAGUGCAACGACGCGGCCAAGGCUUUCGUCGAGGCAGGCCAAGCGUUCGACCUGCUCGGCUUGGCGGAGCACCACCCUGGCAAGGAGCAGUGCGACGCUGAGGAGCAGCGCCUCAGGAAGUUCGGUUGGCGCUCACUUCACUCGUGGACAGCUGCCACCCCCAGCAAGCAGGCAGCACCGCCUGACGAGCGUGCUGGCACGCAUGGGGGCACAUGCUGGCUUCGGCGCAACGAGCUCAAUACCUUCUCGCACUUGGCUGACAAGACGGGACGAAGUGUCUUCCACGACCAGUUGACAGCCGCCACGGUCACGAUCGCUCGCGUCCAGAACGGCGCCUUCGCGUUCAUCAGCUGUUAUCUGGACUGCAGCAUCGGCCUCCAGGGUGCCAACGCCACGAAGAUGGGCAAUCUGUUGAGGCUGACGCGCUCACUGGGUGUGCCGUGGUUCAUCCUGGCAGACUUCAACUGCACCCCUGAGGAGAUGUGA